GUAAUUUACCCCUUCUUUUUUUGGUCCUUAUUUUUUUCAUGACUGAAAGUUGUGUUUUAAAUAUUUGUUGCAUAUCAGAUUCAGAUGAAUGAAUGAGAUUUAAUUCAGCCAAAUAUCUUAACCAUAAUGCACCUGUUUUUUUAAGGUUAAACUUAAAUUACUAGCCCCAUUUUUUCGUUCACAGUAAACACGCAGUUUUUCUAUUUUUUUUUACCAUUUCUUCCUCUUCACAGAAUCCCUAAAUUUGGAUUCGCUGUUUCGAUCUCCAUCUUCAUCUCUUUCUCUCUCUUCUGUGCUUAAACGCUACAACUCAUUGAUUUACGCAUCGAUCUGAAAUUCUCGGAGAAAAAAUAUAAACAAUUUUUUAAUUUUUAUUUUUGGGGAAGAAAUUGAAACGGAAAAAGGAAGAACAGAAGAAGAAGAUGAUGGAAGAAAACCUAACGGAGCACGGCAAGUCAUUGGCAGCUCCGGCGAUUUUCAUCCUCGUUUUCUCUCUCCACUUCGUCUCCAAAUACCUCGAAUUCCACAAAAAGAAGAAAGGAUCGAUGAGUGAAUUGGACGUUCAAUUGCGAGCAGAAAUUAAGCAGCUUUUGAAGGAAGCUAGCUCUUUGACGCAACCUUCAACAUUUGCACAAGCUGCAAAACUAAGAAGAAUGGCCGCAGCGAAGGAGAAGGAACUUGCAAAAAAUCAAGAAAUGCACGACAAGGAUAUGAAACUGUCAUUUGGCACAUACGAGAAGCUCUUAACAAUAUCAAAGGUUCUUACUUACGUUGUGCUGAUUUUAUGGUUCUGGAAGAUACCUAUCACUACAAUAUCUGAUCAACUCGUGCAACCCUUCGGUAAGCUGCUUUCUUGGAGAUCGGGAGCAUAUUUGAAAGACAAUGUUGUGGUUGGAAUCAUACCAUGGUUGAUUGUAUCCACGAGGGUUAGUAGAUUUAUCUGUAGGAAGGUUUUGGAAUAAAUCGAAGAUUAGCGAGAUGACGUAUAUCAGUGUUUCUCCAGUUUCUAGUUAUUUCUUACACAUACAUACAUGUUUAUUUAAUGUGUCUUAGCUAAAUAUAUGUCUUUGUACAAGUUAUUAGCAACGGAUACGGUUCAAUUUUUGUAUUUGUUGUUUUAGUUAAAUAUACGAUGAUAUAAUAAAUGAUGCUUUAUGUGA